GACCACCGCUCCGGCGACGACUACGAUCCCCAUGAACAGAGCAGGUUCCACCACUGGUCGUACCACACAGACGACGGUGUCCACCCCUACGCCGCGGAGUCCUUGUCCACCGCCGCGCACCACGCGAGUGCUCUUACUAUCAGCGCAGGGCUCGGAGGAGGAAGGGGAGCCAGGAGGGAUCUCAGCAUGAGCGGGGCAGAGUACGACCCAGAGCGGCCGCUACAGGGCAUCAUGGCUGGCAUAGCUGGUCGCUUCAACGGCUUCGAUGCCAACUCGACCAAGUCAAGACAAAUCACAGCAAGCGUCGUCGACUUUGAUCCCCUCAUCGUCGACGACACCGCCGAACUCGACCGCGUCCUCCAGUCCGGGCAUGCGCCACCGGGCACGAUCCGCUCCGCCCGCUCCCUCUCGUCGUCAUCCAGCUCGGACCUCACCGAGCCCAUCUCCCCUCAGCCUCAGCAGGAGUCUCGUCCGCGCCUCGCAGACGCCCUCAGCCACCUCACCUUCUCGCCAAAACGACCACGAAGCGCACAAGGCUUCGCGUCGCCCCGUGCCUCCAACGUCAUCAUCCGGAGCUCGACUCCUGACCGCUCUGCCAUCGCUCGCCACCUCCCUGCCUCUACUCCGCGUCCACAGCGCCGUGUAAACCAGUCCCUGUCCUACGCCCAGAACAGCGUCAGCAUCUCGCAGGGACAUGCUGAGCCCGAAGUGCAGAUCACGCCUGCCACGCCCUCCCUCCGUCAAUCCCAUCGCGAGCAGCAACAGCAGCAACAACAACAGGACAAGGAGAAGGAUGAGUCGUCCAAGUUCACCGCCAUGGCACGCGGCCUCGCGCGGGAGAUUGAGGAGGAGGCUGACGCGGCCAUGAAGCGCAACGCCCGCCAAGCCCCUACCGCAGAAGCGACCCCCCGGGCGGCCUAUCGCCACAGCACGAUCCCGAUGCGGAAGCACCAGCACCACCGGAGCCCGCUGAAGGAGAUGGUAAACGAAAGGCCUGAGAGAACAUCGUACACCGUCACCCCGUUCAAGAAGAGCGUGCAGCUCCCGGACGUGACGGGUCUCACGUCGGCCAUCGCGUCUCCGACGAAGGUGGACGUGGAGUUCUACGGGUACGACCCAAAGGAUACCACGGAGGCUGAAGCUCGUCUCAUAGCUACCCUAACCGUCGUCCAGAACAAGCUCACUCAUCUCGAGGCGGAAAAUAGCGUCUCGCGACGGCGCGUACGCGAACUGGAACUCGAGCUCGAGGCGUGCAAGCAGGAGGUCGCUCGUGAGCGGACGCGCAUCCUCGAGCAUGAACAGAGCGUGAUGAGGGACGACGAAGCGCCAGCGGGGAGGAAGCGCGUUCAGCGGGAGCGGCCACAACAGCAGCAGCAACAACAACAGCAGAAGAAGGCUGGAGAGGAUCAGGCGGAGCUCGCAGCUGCAGAAGCAAGAUACCGAGCCGCUGUAGACGAGAAGAAAGCCCUGGAGGCACUGAUAGGCACCCUCCGCACGCAUCUUACCCGGCUCACCGCCGAGCUGUCCGAGCACAAGCAGCUCCUGCUCGAGCUCCGCGCCCUCCGUGACUCAGACGCGCGCGCCCUGGCGGAGAAGAGCAGGGAGGUGGACAAGCUCAGGCAGGAGGUCGAGCGGCUCGCGGGCGAAGUCGAGGUCCUUCGGGGGGUCGUCGAGGAGGGCCUCAAGGAGCGGCGGAGCUUCCGCGAGCAGUCUGUCAGCCACGAACAGGGGUCCGCGACGGAGUCCGCGGGGCAGAACAGUGAGGAAGAGAGCGGCGACGAGGAGGAUGCUCGCGAGCCUCAGCAGCAGCAGCAGCAGCAGCAACAACGAGCAAGGCCGCCGUCGGUACACUCGGAGGAUAGUGAAGACGAGGCCACCGAAGAGGAUUCUAUCAGCCGUCGUUCUCCCACCCCUUCUCCGCGACGGAGGUUGAGCACAGGUGCGGCGGACAAAACUAUGCGAACCGACAUUGCCACCGUCGCGUCCUCCCAGACACACAAUCUCUCCGUGAACCCGAACGCGUCCAAGCCAUUCCUGGACGAGGAAGAGGUCAGCCGCAUCGCCCAAGAAGUCGAGGAGCGCCGCUCCGAGCGCUCCAUCCAGUCACGAUCGCAAGAUUCUCAGUCCGCGUCCGGAUCGCAAGAAGGCUCACGGAGCUGGUCGCGACAGCCCAACCCCAACCAGUCCAGGCGGCCUUCGCGCGCAGGCUCGCCGUCGGUGAUUCUCGAGCCCGACGCGUCGGGGUCCACGGCUCUCCAGAACGCCGUGCCCCAGCUUGAAUACUCCGUCCGCUUUGCCGAGGAGGUCAACCGAGCUACGAGCAGUCGCCCGACGUCGCCGUACCUCGACACCACGCAGGCGCAAGCACAGUCCCAACCCCGCCCAUCUGCACCGACGCCCGCCACCGCCGCCGCUGCCCGAGCCGGCAGCCAGAAGCGGAGAACGCAUGCUGCAGCCCAGUCCGACGGUGAGACGCCGUUCCCCCAGAUCCGGGGGGCGCAGCUCGAGAGGUUGUUCUUUUCCGCGCCCGAGCACAACUCUGAGACGUGCACGGUGUGUCAUCGGAGACGGAGACGACGCCCAGCAGACGUAGAGCAGGCCGCGUCGUGGUUGAGAGAGCAGCGGCGGCACCGCGCGAAGGACGAGGAUGAGGACGAGGGCUUUGUCGAGGGUGCCGAGGAUGCGCGAGAUCGGAGAGCAUACGCAGCAAAGGCUGCGAGGGACGGGGAGAGCGGCCGCGUGCCGCCGCAGACCGUGCUCGCGCGGGUACUGCGGGAGCUCGAGGAUGACUUCACGCAUUACAAGAGCAUAUAUGUGGAGCUUGCGGACCAGUACAAGGACAUGGACCCAGUGUCCAACGUCGUCAAGCGAAACGUACUGGCGGACCACUUGCGGGAAGUGAUCGAUAUUCUCGAGCAAAAGGGCAAUCAAAUAGCCUCGUUGUACGACCUGUUGACUUUCAAGGACAAACCCGUCAGUGAGUCUGUCGUUCCCGACAGGGCACAAUCGAGGAAUGUCCCUCGGAAUGCAGGCACAGCGCAAGGACGUGUCCCUAUCCGCCGAUAUCCUAGUUCAUAGCCGUGUUCUUGUUCAUACCCCUCGACUCUUUCGCUAUCUCAUCUUAUAGACUAGCCUUAACGCUGACUUGACUGUCCUCACGGCCUAGCCUCACUGUAUAUCGUCGCAAGCACGCACGUACACUAUGUAUCAUACUGUAGCUUAGCAAGAAUUUAUCGGACG